ACGCACAAAUUGGAUCUAGCUAGCUAACUGGCUAGCAAAGGAGUUUGGGUAGUAGCUUGAGAGACGUUAGUAGUACCUCUCAGUGGGUGUAGGGAACCUAAUGUUCACACUUCGUUAGAAACUAUGACUAGACAGCAAUGUCCAUAAAAUUUCCUUGUAGCUAAGGUUAGCUAGCUGGCUGUCUUGAUGUGUUAGCUGUCUACUCUGGUUUAAACCUAACUAUUUAGUUAUGCUAGGUAGCUAACUAACUAGAUACCUAAGUGCAAGACACAAGUUAUGAAGUAGUUAGCUAUGUUUAAUUAUUUUCUUGAACUGUCGACAAGUAGCGUUAGCUGCUAACAACUUAAACACGCUUGCAAAGUUGCAGACUUUCGAGAUCAGUAGCUAGUUAGCGUUAGCUUGCUCAAGUUAGUUUUUAUCGCAUUUUUACUUAAGGUCGCAUGGCUAGCUAGAUAAUUAGCUAAUCUAGCUAUCCAUCUUUGAUUACGGCAGGCUGAGAGAAACAAGCAGGCUGGCUAACGUGAGUUCAGCUAGUUUUUUCACGUUAGCUAACUGUCAUUUUUAAAUGACAUUUUUAGAGAUCUGGUAGACAAGGGCUUAAAGUCGUCUGGCUAGCAGCCCACAUUUUAUCCAUUUAAUAUAUUUUUAUCACCGUAAUGACUGAACGGUUUGCCGCUGUGCCGUGCUGAGUUCAUGAGUGCGUCCCCCGUGAACAGUGUGUUUAGUGCGCGUUUCAAAGUAUAAGUGCAGUCUGCUCCAGCACUGCAUGCGUGACAGAAGCUUAUUCAGUGCCCGAGGGGCUCAGUGGGAACACUGACUAAAGCUGUGCUCUCCAAAAUUAAGACAGAACAACUGCGUUACCAUUCUGUUCUGAAAGCACCCACGCUCAUGCACUAAAUUGGCAAUGGAGGAGGUGCACCAGAGUAGCAGUAAUGGCACUGAAUCACAGACUGUUACCAUCCCUACAACUAUUACAGCUUCUCAAUUAUCACAGAUAACUCAGAUGUCUCUGGGAGGAUCUCCAGUGACUGUGGUACAGCUGCCUGGAGGUCAGAUUCAGGUUCAAGGAGUGAUCCAGUCUGCACAGCCAUCUGUUAUUCAGUCUCCACCAGCACAAGUUCAGGGUCAAGGAUCUGAUAGUGAUGAUUCUCAAGACUCAACAGACAGUGGAGCUUCAAACCAGAAAACAAGGGAGAUUCUUGCCAGACGCCCAUCGUACAGGAAGAUUUUAAAUGACCUUUCAGCAGAGGAUGUGGCGACUCGGAAUGAAGGAGUGGAGGAGACCUCUGCGUCAUCUACUAUGACAACUGUGUCUGUCUCCACACCAAUCUAUCAAACCAGCAGUGGCCAGUACAUUACAAUUGCGUCAAUGGCUCUCUGCAAUUGGCUAUCCUGGUUCUGAGGGGUACAAGGCCUGCAGACGCACAUGACCAAUACCAACCCUAGCCAGCAUACUAUAUUGCAGUAUGCUCAGACUGCUGAUGGACAACAAAUAUUAGUUCCCAGCAACCAGGUGGUCCUACAAGGUGCAGGGGGUGAAAUGCAGACCUACCAGAUCCGCUCAUCUUCCUCCUCACUGCCUGUGGUCAUGACAUCACCACCGUUAACAGCUCUCAGGGAAAGAAAUGAUGACCCACAGGCUAAGAGAGAGAUUCGCCUGGCCAAAAACAGAGAAGCAGCUCGUGAGUGCCGCAGAAAGAAGAAGGAGUAUGUAAAGUGCCUGGAAAACCGCGUGGCUGUGCUGGAAAAUCAAAACAAAACACUGAGUGAGGAGCUCAAGACAUUAAAGGACCUUUACUGUGUCAAAAACAGGCUAACAACCUCGAUAACAGUGCAAAGUGGACAGGUAUAUGCAGCUCUGCCUACACACACUCAACGGUUCCUGGGCACAAAGGAAAUUUGCUAAUUUCUUGUUUUUAUACUACCCAUUUUUUAUCUAACAUCUUAGGAAUGGCAGACCAGACAGAAAUAAAUGAGUUAUGGACUAGAAGGAGAUUAUAUUCUUUAUUUGUUUUGUUUUCCUUUUUUCCUCUACAAUUUUUUAAAAUAACAAAUAUGAUGAGCAGAUGUAUAUAUUUGCAUGUAUCCUGUGUUACAUAUGUGCAUCGUGAAUUUGCCGGCGGUGUCAGUCACCGAUUCAUUUACCAGGGAAUUUGUUUCCAGAAGUGCUUAAUUAAAAUGUUGAGGGGAAAAUAUACAAAAAGAAAAAAAAAAAGCUAUAAGCACCUGCCAUUUAAACCCUCUCUCAGAUGUACCUUACUUAUUUUUAUUAUCUUUUUUAACUUUUAUUUUCAUUAUUUAGUUCCCUCCCCGCUUUGACCAAAUGCUCCAAUAUUCCCUUACCUAUUCCAUAGCUUAGCAUCAUGAAUGUUAGAUCAGUGUUGAGCAGCACAGCAGGGAUUCAGAGACUGAUGGGCCAAGCCAUGUCUAAAUCAUGUAUGAUUCUGUUGUGAAAAAAAAAAAAAACAGGUUUUUUUUUGUUAUUGUUUUGUUUUUUGUUUGGUUUUUUUGUUUUUUGGUCAAUCUACAAGCUAGAGAGAGCCACCACCUCAACCCAGCUCAGUAGUGACUGAAAGGGCUUUUAGAAGCUUAAUUAAGAUUACUUUUUAGUUCAAGUCUUGGCUUAAUGCCUGGGAAGAAGUGGCCUUUAAGCCAAGUCUGUAUCUAUACAGUAAGUACUUUGGUGGAAUUCAGCAGAGGAAAUGGGCCAUAUGCCUAAUACUGACUUAAAGAUACACUGUGUGUAGGAAUUAAACUUUUUAAAAAAUUAAAAAAAAUCAUGAAUAGUUGGAAACAAUAUAAUUUGUAUGUAUUAUUUUUAAAGCAGAACUGGCUAGAGGUCUUGCCAAGACGCUAAAGGAAUAACUAAGCUGCUUCAGACAUUCACCCACAUUCUGAAGUGAAAGCCUGAUUAUUUGUUAUUCCUACAAAGUGAACCUUUAAAGCAGUGGUUUUUAUUAAUUUUGGGGGGGCUAACGCUGUUACGAGGACAGAUCAGGGAGCACACCUGCACUUGAAAAAAGUAGGUGACGUUUAUUAUGAAAAGGAAAAAAAGGAAAUCAAUUGUUUUGGUUAAGUGUGUCUAAAUAAAUAUUUUUUCAGCUUCUGUA